AUGAAUGGACAGAUAAAUCAAAAUAUUGAUGUAAUUCGUGUUGUGCAUGAGUACUACAUGGAAAAACUUAAUGACGAAGACUUUAAAAUAAGGAGCUUAAUAGAUUCUGAUAGGGACUGGUUCAAAAAAAAUAAAGAUUUACUCAUAUUAGUUUCACAAUAUCGGCCAAUACUACUUUCUGAAUCAAUGAAAGAUUAUAAAUCAAUUGAAGAUAAUAUUAAGGCACAAGGAAAUAUUUUAAUGAUUAUACUUGAAGAAAUUCUUAGAGAUUUUAAGUAUGGUAUGGUAUUUGGAUUAGCUGAUCAUGAAAAUAAAGGAGAUGCUGCUAUCAACUGGGCUCAGUAUCGAGUUUUGGAAUAUUUUGGUAUUAAUAUAGUAUACUAUUGUACCUCCAACAAGAGUCACAAAAACUGCGACCUCAAUGAGUCACUUAAAAUAGCAGAAAAAUUACAACCACCCCCAAUAAUUAUUUUAACUGGAGGAGGUAACCUUGGUAACUUAUGGCCAGUAUACGAAAAUGAGCGUCAAAAUAUAUUAAACCAAUUUCAAAAUUUUAAUGUAAUAAUAUUCCCUCAAUCAAUUGCUUUAUCUAAUUUAGCAGCUAAAAAACAAUUUCAAAAACUGUUACUUUAUCCAAAUUUAAAAAUAUUGGUCAGAGAUUUUUAUUCAUUCUCAUUUCUAAGUUCACAAUUAAAUAUUGACAAUAGUAAUUCAAAUCUCCCAAAAAUAUACCUUACUCCUGAUAUAGUUACAUCACUGGCUUUCAUUAAAAAAGAUAAUUUUGGGACUGAAGUACAAGAUCAUAAAAAAAUUUCGCCAAGCUGGGAUAUUUUAUGGAUCAGUAGACAGGAUAGAGAAAAGAAUCUCAAAGCCAACUUAGAUAAUGAAAUCCCGAAGUUUGUUCAUGAAAACAAUGAGGAAAAUGAGAACAUAGAUGCUGGAUUGGCUAACAGACAACUAAAAACAAGUAUUUAUGUAGAUGAUUGGAUCAAAUACUCACCAACCCCAUACUUUGGUGGAAUUAAGAAAGGAAGGAACAUAUUAUUAUCAAAAGUGAAUGCUAUUCAACAUAAUAAACCAGCUAGAACUCAGAGCAAUCCAAGUUUUGAUUUUGGAAAAAGCAAUGAAGCUACAUUCGACGAAUUUUCAUAUGGAGUUUCACUGCAGAGAUUCUGCAGAGGAUUAGAAUUUAUUUAUCAAGGCAAGGUACUAAUUUCUGACAGACUUCAUGGUCAUAUAUUAGCACUUUUAUCAAAUAUGAAACAUGUUUUACUGGAUACAAAGUAUAAUAAGAUCUCAAACUAUUACAAAACUUGGACAUAUUCAAUUAAAGAUGAAAUUUUAAUUGCUGAUUCAAAUAACAAUGCUUUACAACUUGCUAGUAAGCUAGUGAUUAACAAUGAAGAUUUAAAUCUUGAUUUAUACUACAAUGAAUGUUGA